CGAUAUCAGCUCUUUCCGGUUUGGACUUUUCCCCAGCGUGCUUGUUCUCAAUAGAGCUAAGGCCAUUUAUUAACAAAUUAAUUUUUGGCGACUUGCACAAUCAUUAAUUAAACACCAAUUUCACAAUGUCGACAAAAGCUGAGCUCGCCUGCGUUUACGCUUCCCUCAUCCUGGUUGAUGACGAUGUUGCCGUCACUGGUGAGAAAAUCUCCACCAUCCUGAAGGCCGCCAACGUUGAGGUCGAGCCCUACUGGCCCGGUCUCUUCGCCAAGGCUCUGGAGGGCGUCAACGUUAAGGAUCUGAUCACCAACAUCGGCUCCGGAGUUGGUGCUGCCCCAGCUGGUGGUGCUGCUGCCCCCGCUGCCGCUGAUGCACCAGCCGCCGAGGCCAAGAAGGAGGAGAAGAAGAAGGAGGAAGAGUCCGAUGUGUCCGACGACGACAUGGGAUUCGGCCUGUUCGAUUAAGCAUCCAAUAUCUGCUUAUGAACCACAUCCAUACCGACAUAACAUCCGCCGUGUUUGUGCUUUUUUAUCCCUAUGAAGUGAUGUUUUUUUAUUUCCGACUUUCGUACACGUUUUAAUGUACAAAUUCGACGAAAUAUAAACGUUUGCGAAAAGUGA